AUGACUGGGCAGGGGGGCAGCCAUAGAUGGGCCUGGAAGAGCAUAGGCCCACCCAGGUUGGAGGCGGCUUAUGAGAGGAUUCGCCAUGAGUCCAAAACACUGUAUAAGGAGACCGAGGCCGGGACUCUGCACACCCAAGCUGAGGGGACGCGGCACCUGGGCGAGAGACUACAGGAUAUCCACUUCUGGAAGUCGGAGCUGCAGCGGCACGUCGAAAAGCUGGUGGCUGAGACAGACCUCCUCCUGCAGCAGAAGAGAAGGCUGUUGAAGUCGCUGGAUGCCACCGAGAUCCCGUUCGCCAUUGCCACGGAUAACCUAACCUGUCGGUGUAACAGCGACCACAUAGAAGAGGAGCUGCUGAAGGAGGUGGAGUUGGUCAGGAGCAUCCAGGCUGUGUUGAAGAGAACGCUGAGUCAGGCUGUCAAUCAAAUCAAGUGAAACAGAGAUGCCAAGCAGACUCUGGAGCUGGACUGGUCUGAUAAGUACCAGGCCUACAGUCUGGAUGACCAGUGUGGUCGCUACAACAACAUGAGUACUGACACACAGUACCACUCCAACUCAGACAACCUACAAGACCAGACAUAUUCUACUAUCCUGGAUCAGAUCGGGGCCCAGGAGAGGAACAUUGUGUCUCUUCAGCAGGCUCUGUAUGAUAAAGAGGCCCCUCUGAGAGUGGCUCAGUCCAGGCUGCACCAACGCUCACACAGACCCCACAUGGAGCUCUGUAGGGACACCCCACAAUUCACCCUGGUGGGUGAGGUAGGUCAGAUCUCCCAGACCAUGUCGUCCCUGCAGCAGCAGCUGUCUGCAGCGCGGAGCUCCCUGUCCCACCUGGAGGAGUCCCGCAUGGUGCUGGAGAAGGACAUCGGCUGUAAGACCCACAGCUUGCUCAUCGACAGGGACAAGUGCAUGUCCCACCGCACCCGCUACCCCACCUUCAUAGCCCUGUCUGGGUACUGAAGAGAGAGAGAGACAGGG